CCUCCCUCUCUCUCUCUCGCAGCGUGCGUGUGCGCGCGCAGCUCCCCUUGUCUCUCAGGCUUUGUGCAGCGGGGCCCCGAACGCUCCAUCGCCGUUAGCAGCAGCGGCGCGCGCGCGGCCCUCCCGGCGAACGUUCCGUCCUCAGCGGCGCGCGCGGCCCUCCCGGGGAACGUUCCACCAGCGGCGCGCGGGCCCCGCGUGCAGCUGGAGCCGGGAGAAGCGGGAAGCGGGAAAGGGGGAGCGGCCGCCAUGUCGGGCUCGGCGGCCUCGGCCGAGGCGGGCGGCCCCGGCGGGGAGAAGCGGCCCGAGGCGCUGGAGCUGCUGGAGAAGUGCGGCGUGUGCCGCGAGCGGCUGCGGGCCGAGCGGGAGCCUCGUCUGCUGCCCUGCCUCCACUCCGUCUGCCGGGAGUGCCUGCGGGCCGAGCCGGCCCCCGCCGCCGACGGGGAGGCCGCCAACAACAAAGAGGGACAAGUGGUGGACUGCCCUGUGUGCAAACACCAGUGUUACCUCAAGGACAUCGUGGAGAACUACUUCCUGAGAGACAGCGGGGCGGAGGCAGCCACAGACAGCAAGGAUGCCAACCAGUGCUGCACCAGCUGUGAUGACAACGCCCCUGCUACCAGCUACUGUGUGGAGUGCUCAGAGCCGCUGUGUGAGACGUGUGUGGAAGCCCACCAGAGGGUGAAGUAUACCAAGGACCACACGGUCAGAUCCACAGGCCCGUCAAAGUCAAAGGAGGGUGAGCGCACAGUCUACUGCUCCGUGCACAAGCAUGAGCCCCUGGUGCUGUUCUGUGAUACCUGUGACACUCUGACCUGUAGGGACUGUCAGCUCAACGCCCACAAGGAUCACCAAUACCAGUUCUUGGAGGAUGCUGUCAGGAAUCAGCGCAAGAUGCUGGCUGCACUGGUGAAGCGCCUGGGGGACAAGCAUGCCAACCUGCAGAAAUCCACCAAGGAAGUGCGCACCUCGAUCCGGCAGGUGACGGAUGUGCAGAAGCGGGUGCAGGUGGAUGUGAAGAUGGCCAUCCUGCAAAUCAUGAAGGAACUCAACAAGCGGGGCAAGGUGCUCGUCAAUGACGCACAGAAAGUGACUGAGGGGCAGCAAGAGAAGCUGGAGCGCCAGCACUGGGCCAUGACCAAGCUGCAGCGCCAUCAGGAGCACAUCCUGCGUUUCGCCUCCUGGGCCCUGGAGAGUGACAACAACACUGCCCUGCUGCUUUCCAAGAAACUGAUCUACUUCCAGCUGCAUCGUGCCCUCAAGAUGAUCGUAGACCCCGUGGAGCCCCAGGGGGACAUGAAGUUCCAGUGGGAUCUUAACGCCUGGACCAAGAGUGCGGAGACCUUCGGAACAAUAGUCUCAGAGCGGAGCGGCACCCUGCAGGCCGCAGCCCCCAACGCGCAGAUCCAGCGUGCCAAUGCCACCGGCCCGGCAGCGGCAGGAGGAGGGGUGAAACAGGUCUCCGGCACUCCCCAGGGUGUGCAGCAAGUCUCGAUGCAGUCCACCAUCGUCAGCAAGGGACAGCUGGCCCCAGGAGCCCUACUGCAGCCCAUCGUCUCUUCCAACAGCCAGACAGACUGCUUCAUCAGUGAGGGUAGCGCCCUGGCAUCCUCCGCUGUGCAGCCCAUGGACACCCAGGAGGAAGGCAUUGGAGACCUGGACAGCACCGAGGCCCACGUAUCGGGAAUGAAGAGGCCCAGACCCUCGGACGGCAAUGUCAUGCGCAAGGUGCCGCGGGUGAGCCUGGAGCGGCUGGAUCUGGACCUGACAGCCGACAGCCAGCCGCCUGUCUUCAAAGUCUUCCCUGGCAACAGUAACGAGGACUACAACCUGAUCGUCAUUGAGCGUGGGGCCCAGCAGGCUGCCGCCCAACCCCCCAGCAGCAUCUUGCCCGGAGCCAUAGUCAAGGAGGAGCAGAUGGAGGCAGCAAUCGAUUAUCCGGCAGAGGAUCCCAGAGACACCAAGCCCGUUGUUCUGCCCCAGGACGUCCUGGCCGCCGAGGGCUCCGUGUCUCGCCUCAUCUCCCCCAGCGGCAGCAUCGGCUCCAGUCUGGACGUGACACCAGGCCAGAGCCAGGAGGGGGCCAUGGAGGCAGCCAAUGCUGCCCACUGCAGAGUGUGCCGGAAGGCAGGCUCCGUUGUGAUGUGUAACCAGUGUGAGCAGUGCUACCAUUUGGACUGCCACCUCCCGGUGCUGCAGGAGAUCCCCAGUCAGGAGUGGAAGUGCCUGCUGUGCCAGGAACUGCCAGCGCCCGGUGAGGAGGACGGCACCAACUUCCCCGCCUCUGAAGAUGAGGGCCCCAAUAAACUCUCCCCCUUGGAGCAGAGGAAGUGUGAGCGUGUCCUGCUGGAGCUGUUGUGCCAUGAGCCUUGCCGGCCUCUCCACCGGCUUUCGACCGCCACGGAGGGUCAGGACACCAUCGACCUGACCCUGAUCCGAGCCAGGCUGCAGGAGAAGCUCUCCCCACCCUACGGCUCCUCCGAGGAGUUUGCCCAGGAUGUCUGGCGGAUGAUCAAGCAAUUCAACAAGCUGACGGAGGACAAGGAGGAUGUCCAGUCCAUCAUUGGGCUGCAGCGCUUCUUCGAGGCGAAGUGGAGCGCCUCCUUCGGCGACCGGAAGUUCUCCUCGGCGCUGGUGGAGCCCAUCCCGCUAGAUGAGCAGCGGAGCGAGAGCGGCAGCAGCUUCACCCACCGCAGCUCCCCUGCUGGCUCCCUGGGCGAGGCCCCCGCUGCCUCGGCAGGCGCUGGGGAGGAGGAGUGAGGGGCUGGCCUGCAUCGACCGGAGCAGCCGCCCGGCGUCCCGCAGGCAAUGACCAAAAAAGCCUGGGACUCGCCUCUUGCCCCGGGUCGCGUGGCGGCAGCGGGACGUCCUGCCCCCCACUCCAGUUGAAAUUUUUGUUGAUGGGGAGCCCUCUCCUCCCCAUGCCCGUUCCUUUGCCAUGAAGUCUUCACACACGGUUUGCGUUGAGGGUCACACACCCACCUCCCCCUCCGGUGCUGCUCUUUGCCUUGACUGCAAGUGGGCGGCGCACACAGGGUCCCCCCAUCUUUCCUCUGGGAUUUCAGUGCAGGGUGGUUGGGGGGAGCUAUCUGCAGGCAGGGUCAGGUCAGAGGGUCGUGGCUGGGUUUAGUGGAGCGCUAGGCAUUGGGCCCUCAUCCCUGCCCGCGCUGGGGACCUAGCCCAGCGCCUGGGCUCACCUGCCCUGAUUGUGGGGUCCUGGGCUGAAGUGCUGCUCUCUGCUGCCAUGUGCGUGGGAUCUUGGGGUGGUUGUAGGGGGCUCUGGGGGGGCAGGUGGCUCAGUGAGGAAAAAGGCUGGCGGGGUUGGUUCCCAACAGCUUGUCCUGCUGGGAAGCUCCCUGGGUUUGCUCCAUGUUCAUCUCAACAUCCCUGGCACAAGCGCUCCCCUUCGAAGCUAUUCCAAGCCACUGUCAGCUCUCUAGCUGCGUCCUUCUCUCCCCUCCCCCUGCUUGCGAUGCCGGUGUGCUCCCUCCCCUCGCCCACGCCAGGGGAAGCUGCGGUUCAGUGGUUUUGUAACUGACGCCCGAGGCAGGGCCAUUCCGACUCCUGUACCUGUCCCGGCAGGGCAGCCGCUUUCUGGCCUGGUUCUUUUUGCUUCUCCAGCGUGCAACGGGAUCCCAGGCUGGGCUUCGCUUGUAUAUUUUAGAUGGCUUCUUUCAUGUCCCCGAUAACCGUUUGCGACCUGUGCGAUGGAAACUUGUUUCUCUGAGAACGGAAUAAAUCUUGGGUUUUAUGUA